AUGGCUCGAAGAGUUUUGGUAUUUGUUUAUGGAACACUGAAACGUGGUGAACCAAAUGCAUCAAUUAUGGCAGAUCUGGUAACCGGAAUGCAAAGAUUCAUAGGAACCGGUAAAACAGUGAAUGCAUAUCCUCUGAUUAUUGCUUCUGAAUACAAUAUACCUUUUUGUUUGGACAAACCUGGAAUUGGAAAUCGUAUAAGUGGCGAAUUAUAUGAAGUUGAUGAGCAAAAACUAGAGGUACUUGAUGAAUUCGAAGGACAUCCAACUUUCUACCGAAGACAACCACAACAGGUUGAAAUGGAUCAUAAUGGUACCACCGUAACAGCAUGGAUAUAUAUGUUAUCCAAAUGGACACCAAAUUUACUUCAAAGUUCUAGUAAUUACUUGGAAACAUACAAUUCUAAUGGUCCUCACAAUCGGCCAUAUAUUCAAGGAGAAAACUGCCAAUGUUUGGACGAUUUAUGA